CAGAGCACACACACAAAGCACACGCACACACACACAGGUGCAGGUGUUACGAUAUUUGACGAGAACCAUUUAUGUUCUCGCGGGAAAACCCCACCCACAUUCAGUGGACACUCAACAGGGGAGGGGCAAAACAUAUAAAAGAUUCUCUGCAUGGGAGUCCUACCAACAUUACACUCUGUCAGGCAAACCUUUACAAAAUGAGCAGCAGAAGCAAAAGGAUGACAGUCCAGGAGGCUCUGGAAGUCAUCAUUGAUCAUGACAGUGAAAUGGAGGAGGAUGUGUCUGAAGAUGAAGACCAUCUUGAGCUAAAUUCUGAUUCUAAUGAUUCUGAUUUUGAACCAGAUGAGGGAAUUGCUAUUCCUUUUCCUCCAAGCAAGACAUUCAUGUCAAAAAAUGGUGAAAUACAGCUGACAAUGUCAAGACAAGCAUGACCUGUGUGAAAUGUGCAAAAUUAAUUUGCACAAAGCACAGUGUGGUGACAUGUCACUCGUGUGCUGUGUAGAUGUACACACACACACACACACACACACACACCUAGACAAACACACACACACCCAUGUUCAUAUUGCAAUUGCUUGUUUGUUGUAUUGCGAUUUUGUUCAUUUCAGUGCAUGUAUGUAAAACAAAAUUUAAAUGUUAUGUUUCAAUGUUAUGUAAAACUAUUGUGUUUCAUAUGUUGGUCUUUCAAAAGCGAUAAAGUGGUGAAAGUUUGAACAUGCAUUUUUUAAAAUGAAAAACGAGUGAAUUAUCCUAAUUGAACCGUUACCUGUUAGAGGUAAGGAACACCAUUGCACUAAAUAUUGAUAGAAUAGUUAGUAAUGGAGUUAGUAAUGAAAUAUUCACACUGCUUGUUAGGAUUUUUUUGGUUUCGGACAUCUUUUGGAUAAUUAAACAUGCACUGGGUCAAAUUGACCCGGGAACACCAUUGCUGUUCCUGACAAAUGAACAUAACAGGAGGGUUAAGCGUGUACUCAACCUUUAUUUAUUUAUUUAUUUAUGCAUGAUCCAUGAUGAUGAAGAUACAGAAAAAUAGAAAUGCAUGGCAAAAAGAGUGUAUUGUCAAUAUUUUAGAGACCCCCCCUAAAAUUUGACAAAUCAUAUUUUCAGGGGAGCUCACAUCUUACUAAGAGGAGCCAAGCUCCUCAUGGCUCCCCUGUAGUUCACACCCUGGUUCUUCAACAUCCCUGCGAGCCACAGACUGUCCAUGACUUGAAGCUACAGCAGUUUGUGUCUUUGUCUCUGUUCAGUACGGUGUUACACUGCCAGUUAGUGUAAAUCAAAAAAACCUCCCAUACCUCCCUAGUUGGAUGAGACAAGAAUUUCUUCAUGCCAAUAAUAGAAAAUAAUUAACAAUACAUUAAAAAAACAUGUUAUAUUUUUGACUGCAAAGAGGGAUGAUUAAAUGUGACCUCAGUUGGACAUUAAUGUGUUCCUGACUUCCUUCAUUUCAGUCUCCUCUGACAGUGUCUCUGUGCCGCCACAAGGUGGUGCGCUCUGCUUCAAAUUCUUAUGUUCUAUCUAAUAUUACUGGUCUUUUGCAGUGUAAAAUUGAUGAUUUCAAAACUGCAGAAUUGCAGAAUUCAAUAGGUUCACUGUCAUGGCAGCUCCAAAAUAUAAAAGAAAGAUAAUUUAGCUUCCAAAUGUGAAUUUUGGAUCUAACUACCCUUUUUACCCCUGAACUUCUACUCUAAUAUGAUGUCAAAACCAAGUGUGAUACCACUUUAAAAAUGUGAGAAUUUGGGGUUGUUUGAAUGGUGAUUCAUGUGCCAAAUAUGACCUUUUCAGAGGAGAAAAAUGGAUUGAGGAUUGUGAUACAAGGAGAAACAGCACACUAAAUCAGAGCUCCCUUUAAUUUUAUUUGCAACAUUUCGACCAACCACAGGUCUCCCUCAGGGAAAUACCCACAGGAAACAAAUGACCAGUGACUGAUCGGUGAAUGAUCAUAAUCAUCUAGUUACAUUCAUAUGUGUUGAGAUAUCGUCAUCACAAGGGAAAUAAAAAGACUGAAAUGGAAAGACAUACAAGUAAGAAUCAAACACUCAUUUCAUUUAAGUUUGUAAUAAGGUGGGUGCCAUAGGUUAAGUCAUUAAAAACAUUAAUAGUGUGUUAAAUGUUAAAUUAAUAUAAAAAGGAAUAUUACAUGCCAUGUGUGCAUAUAGGUCCUGGAGGAAAUAAGGAGAUAAAGAUUGUGUCACUGUUAUUUAAUGCAACAUUUGUUAUACUCACCGCAAAAAAAAAAUUAAAUUAUAUAUUGUUAAUAUAUAUGCGUAUGUGAUAAUUUCAGCGUUAUAAAAGCAUACUGACAAUCUCAGACAGGAGUCUUAGGUGUUACUGACUCUGUUCCUCAAUGUAUUUUCACCUGGAUGUGUGCAAAAUGUAUAUUAGCUGUAUUAGUUGUACUCAUUUUUGCUGUUAAACAUUAUUACAGUCCAUUUACAUUUGUGAUUCCACCAGGGGCUUUCCCACCACUUGUUCUUCGCCUAAAAGACCACAGACAGAUGCUGUGAUGAUUGUUGUGGGAGUGACCACUCACUCCGGAUGGCUGUUAGACUAAUGACAUUUUCUUUAAAACACACACACACACACACACACACACACACAUAAAGGGUCUAUCAUUCACUUUGCCCACCCUUCUCCAGUAUGAGGCAGUGGUAUUAUUACUGCAACAGACUCGGUGACAUUUCCAGACAAUACUGAGAGGACAGGGAUACACAUUAGCUGUACACACCUUGAUGACCUUCAUGAUGCUUGUUGGUUUCUUCUCUCUGCUCCUCUUCACAGAUGGGGUGUACUCUGAGCGUAACUGCUGUUAUCAGGAUGUUUUAAACCACCUGAACCUGACCAAAAACAAUGAGCUGUACUCCAUGACCCGGCCUGUUAAAAACUACAAACAGCCCACUCGAGUAUCCCUGGAAGUACUGCUCUAUGCCAUUCUGGAUGUGGUUGAGAAAGAUCAGAAAUUCAUUCCCUACGUCUGGACUGUAAUGAGAUGGCGCAAUGAAUACAUUUCCUGGGAUCCAAAGGAGUUUUGUGGAAUUGAUAAUGUUUCUCUUCCUAGUGACAUUUUGUGGAAACCAGAUCUCACCAUUGAAGAGACGACAGAGAAGGACAAAGCCCCUCCAAGUCCUUAUCUCACCAUCAAUGAUAAAGGUGAUGUUGAAGUUCAGAAUGACCAGGUGCUGGUCAGCACCUGCAGGAUGCACAUUUACAAAUUCCCUUUCGACAUUCAGAGCUGCAACCUCUCUUUCAAAUCUGUCACACACACUGCCAAGGACAUUCGGCUCCAGCCAAGCGACAACUCUUCAGAGGCCACAGAGUGGUCUCGUGAGGUGAUGCGGACCCAGUAUGAAUGGCUGUUCAUCAACAUGACAGUCACCACCAACAAUGCCAGUGAUUUAGUCAGCCAAGACAUCAUCGUUUACACUAUCAACAUGCGGAGGCGAUCAGUCCUCUACAUCAUUAACUUCUUGCUGCCCGUCAUGUUCUUCUUGUGUCUGGACUUGGCCUCCUUCCUGAUCUCGGACAGCGGGGGUGAGAAGCUGAGCUUCAAGGUCACUGUGCUGCUCGCUGUCACUGUGCUGCAGCUUAUUCUCAAUGAAAUUCUGCCUUCCUCAUCAAACAGGAUUCCACUUAUAGCGGUCUACUGCAUUGGGAUUUUUGCUCUGAUGCUGCUCAGCCUUGUGGAGACAAUUUUUGUGAUGUAUCUGAUGGAGAAAGACCAUGUAUCACAAGACAACGAGGCAGACAGAGACCGAAACCUGAGUGAGGACUGUAGGGACAAACAGGGAAAAGUCAACUUCAACAACUGUAAAGGAGAUGUGCACGAAUGGACUAAAUGUGUGUGUGUCUAUGAUGUAUCUGCUGGUGAAUCUCCAUCUGAACGGCUGCCUGUGGCCAAAGAGGGCAACAGCAGUAAACGGACAGAAGAGUACCAUGCCUUGGAGAAGCUCUCAGAUGAGCUGAGGGAGAUGGAGAAAACACUGACUCUGCUCCUCAACAGCAGCAAGGAAGAGAAGUGUGGCUACUGGACCAGAGUGGCUAAAAGAGUCAACAGAGUUUUCUUUAUUUUAUAUGUAACAGUGGUCAGCCUGUUCUUAAUUCUUAUCUUUUCAAACUGGAGCAAUCCGUAGAGAUGAUUAUUGCUAUUUAAUGAGAGCAUAUGAUUGAGUCACCAUUUUCUUUGAUAUGAAUAGCUAAUUACCUCCGCCAGGUGUAAGCCUGGAGGGGAUCAUACGUUUGGUUGUGUGUGUGUGUGUGUGUCCGUGUAUCUGUUUAUCUGUCCACAGCUAAUCCUGCAUACUACUGGACCCAUCAGCCUAAUAUGUUUUGUCCACAUUUAUAACUGUAUGUUCAAGGACCUCUUGUGGCUGUGGUGAUUCACAGUUUUUGAAUUUUAUAAUGCCAUCCCUUAUGAGUGCAUCAGACACCUUAGACUUUAGUGUUUUCAGCAAUCCUUGCCAUUUUACGAUAUGCGUUAUGACAUAGCAAAAGGCAUUUCUGGCAAUUGGCUAGGCUAAAAACAAGGCUUACCUAGUCUGUUGAAGGCAACAGUUUGGCCUUUAUUGUGGCUCAAAAACUGACAUCAAUAGAAAAGUUUGGUCUCAUCUUGAACUAGAGCAUCUGCUGAUUAAUUCCAUACGCGAUAUGUUAUGAUCCACUAAAGUUAGGCACAGUAUAACAUGAAUAAAUCCUUGUUCUUGUUAUCUUCACUGCCGUCUGUACACACCUGGCAGAGAUCUGCACUCUACUGAGUACACUCUUCUAGUCAUCAUUUAAUUUCCUUUUUGUGCUGGCAGAAAAUGAAUAAACAAAUACUUUCUCCUUUUUUUGAGUUUGAUGUGUACCUGAUUUGCAUUGGUAUGGACUACUUGCAGGAAAUAGCACAUCCAUGACAAAAGCGCUCACCUUCCCCGCUUACUUGGUUGUUCUAUGCAACUGCUUUGAAAACAUGCAUCGCACUCUUUGUAUUGCACAAAUAAACUAUUAAAGAAUCUAAAUUUUCUCCUUUUAGCUAAAUGUUAUGCUCUGUACAAAAAUAUAUUAGGAAGUGUA